AUGAAUCGCGUCAAGGGGAAUCAAGUCAGACAGCGAUUCCUGGCCGAUGCCCCCCUUCGACUAACACCCAUCAAUCGCCCCUCGCACGGGCUGGCCAGAGGUGUGUCUCAUAAAACAACGAAUCUUGAGACAGGCAAUGAAGCUGACAUUCCCUACAGUGCCCUCAACGGUGCCGAUCGGGGAUUUACCUCACCGAAUAUCGAGCAAUACGCACCACCCUGGUCAGGGGGAACAUACGGAGAGCAGUUACAAGUCGAAACCUCUUUCGCGAUACCCUACGCGCCCGCUCACGUCUAUGGCCAGUACCCCAACAUGCAUCGCUACACAGCCGGAUUCGAACAAAACAUGUACGCUGGGCACACGAAUCUCCAUCUUGGCUAUGGAGAGCCAGAGCAUUACCCUGUCGAUCAAGGGGUGGUGGCAGUAAACAGGCAGAACGAGCCGGGCCAAGAUGAAGGGGCAGACAAAGGGGAAGCCGAUGAAGAUGCCGAAGCGGAGGAGGAAGACGAAGAGGAAGAAGAGGACGACGACGACGACGACGAGGGUAGCCCAGAAAUGGUGUCCGGAAAAACAGUCGCUAACCCGAAUCAGUAUGAGUGA